AUGUCGACCGGUUCCAGCUUCUUGAGUUUACCGCCUGAGCUGCACAUAAAGAUUUUGAACUAUUCCGAUUCGGAAGAUAUUGUUGCAACACGACAGACUUGCAAACACCUCUACGACGUGGAGAAGACGUUUCAUGAACAGAUUUGGAAGGCCUGUCUGACUCAAAUCAAUCUCAGAGUGCCUUUGUUCCUUCCUACCUUCCAGGCCCCAGUUUCCUCACAAUGCCUCGAGUCCAUAGCUCGACGCACAACGCGAAGCUUAGAGCCCGUGUUUAAUAUGCAACAUAAUCACAGCCUAUCGCCGCACGACCUCCAGCCGGUUCCAAGUUUCGAGAGGAGAAUAUUGCACAACCACUUGGCUAACGUGCACCCGUUGGCUCUGUACCUCACUCCGGGCGGCCGAUUCCUUCUGGUUCUCACAAUACUUUGGCUUCAGGUGUGGGACCUCGCGCCAUUCCUCGAGAGCCAUGAACCUCCGAUCUUUAUCAAAAAAUUUCCGGUUCCCCCUUCCUCGAAAUCGACUUUAAUGACUGCAGGGGGCGGCGACACUAAAGCCAUUCAAAUCGUGUUGAAACUGCAGAGAAUUAAGUACCCAACUAAUCCGCCUACCAUCGAGCUUCGCGAGCGUUUCCAGCACCCCCUGGACCAGCAUGACCAAUGGCUGUCAAUAUUCGUGGCGUACGAACUCAGUUUCUCGGGAACUGAGCCUCAGCUGACGAAACUGGGGGAUCUUGGUUUUAUCCGCGACGAAGGCUCCCGACCCGACCGCGACCACCUGAAGAUCUUAACUGAGAGUCGAGCGUUAUUUUUUGUGGAUGGGGUCAUGGUGGUGUGGGACUUCAGGAACCACGCUUACUGUGCCUGGAAAGUGUCUGAAGGAGAGUACGACCCUCUAGACAUCACAGUCAGUGCUUUGAUCAUCUAUCUAUUCCUCCCAUCGGUCCUCAUUACUUUGACCCAGAUAUUUGCCUCGCAAGGGAACGCCUUUUAUCGACACCAAGAUAAACUGGUUGCGUUCGAGAUACCCCCACUUAAUCCUAUUCAGGAACCCAGUCGCAGGCCCGAGAUAUUGCAAUUGUCUUCCGUUCCCCCCUCUCCAUGUCCCUCCCACCUCAUCCGCCUACCCAUCAAGCACCAAACCCCCGAUAGUGAUCUAAGCCUGCGUGCGUUCGAUUGGAUGCCACACUGGGGUUUCAAAGAAAGCAAUGACAUUGUUUUCUUAAUCCACGAGCAAGAUCGCACCAUCCAUAUCACGACUUGGUAUGGUCUCCAGGACACCCGAAAUCCUCGCAACAGCAUUCUCAAACCUUUGGGCCGGGAAAGGGUCGAUUAUCCCGGCGAAUACAUAUGCAUGAAAACUGUCGCCCGGGAGGCGUACGGCAGUCGAGAAGUACUGGCCUCCUUAUAUCUCCACCCUGCGCUCGGAGAAGCGCAUUCUACAGAUUCUUCCAUUUUCGCUUGCCUCUCAUCGCGCCACGACAUCACGCAGGAAGCCCACUCACCGCUUCAAACCAGACAAUCGUAUCCAGUCCGGCUUCUUGCCAUUCCGCCUGAGGCAAGUUUUUUCGACUUCGACCCGCUCUCGGGGAUUUUGGUUGCGGCCGCGUUCAACAGCUUUCGAAUCUUUGACAUAGCGCGCCCGUCCUUACCUUGCUGA